UGCGGAUUUGACGACUGUUUGCUGCUGCCGAUCACUGCUCGUCCUCUGACUGGUUGGUGUAACUCGGUCUUAUUUUUUCCCCGUUUUUUUUUUCUCAACGGUUUUUUACGACCGCACACCCGCCGACUCAUUGAAAAUCUCUCGUCACGUACGCGCGCUUAAAACAGUUGCACCGUCCAUCGAAGACCGUCGUCGACGAAUCCAUACCGGCUUUGUCGUUAGUGCCGCACGACGACAAUACGUUCCAGUUUCAAUCAACGCCGUCCCGUUGUAACAACAAAUCACCACCGCCUUAGCAAAAAUGGCUGGUGGUAAAGCGGGUAAAGACUCGGGUAAAUCCAAGGCGAAAGCAGUGUCCAGAUCCGCCAGGGCAGGCUUACAAUUUCCAGUGGGAAGAAUUCACCGUCAUUUGAAAAAUCGUACUACAAGUCAUGGUCGUGUAGGAGCAACAGCGGCUGUUUACAGUGCUGCCAUUUUAGAAUACCUGACUGCUGAAGUAUUGGAAUUGGCUGGUAAUGCGUCAAAGGAUUUAAAAGUGAAGCGUAUUACACCACGUCAUUUGCAACUUGCCAUCAGAGGAGAUGAAGAAUUAGACACACUCAUCAGAGCUACAAUUGCAGGAGGAGGUGUUAUCCCCCAUAUCCACAAAUCCCUCAUCGGCAAAAAGGGAUCUCAAAAACCACAGUAAAAUUCCACCUGCCAUACAAGACUUUAAUUAAAUGUAAAACAUUUAUUUGUAAUUUGUAAGCUAUGUAAUUUGAUUUUAUUCAUUUACCAUUUAUUCUUUUGCCUUAUUUCAAUAAUUAAUUUUAUACCUCAUAUAUUAUAAAAUGAUUCCAUUUGCUACUUUUGUGCAAGUGUAGGAGGUAUAAAACUUCUUAUGGUAAAGACUAAUUAUAUUAAGACAAAGUAAACUUGGAUUUUUUUUUUGUAAUAUCAAUUUUUUCACUAAAGUUAUAUCAAUUGAAAAUUGUUUUUGAUUAUUUUUCUAAUCGGAAAUUUCUUCGAUUACGUAAAACCUAGAAUGUACAAUAUUUUGUUGUAUUAUUCACUUGAAGGAUAAACAAAAAAAAAUAAAAAUAUAUGCAUUUCUUUUUAUAA